AUGGCUCUUGAAGACAACCAACAACAAGAGAAAGUCUGGGUUAAUUUAGCAACAGAGUAUCCUGAAGUAGUUUUAUGUGUUGGAAAAAUAAGUUUUGGUGAAAAAGCAAGAAAAAAGAUACCAAAAAAUUCAAAACAAGAUCAAAAAUACACCCUUGCCUGUGCAGUGUGUGCCUUGCUGAACUCUGGAGGAGGUAUUGUAAAAGCAGAGAUUGAAAAUGAGAACUACAACUUAGCGAGAGAUAGCAUCGGACUAGAUUUGGAAGAGACUUUUCGAUCUCUUCUUGUGUUUCCAGACUGGAGAAAAUACCUGGACUUUAAACAGCAAGAUAAUUACCUUUUGAUUUUUAUUAAAACCUGGAGCAGUGAAAACAUAGCCUCCACAAGUGCAAAGCCACGUAUUUGUAGCCUGAGUACUGGGUUGUAUGCAAAAAGUGGUGCUUCUCUUUCCCACGUGAAGCCUAGCGAAGCUUUUUUGUUCCUUAAAGAAAAGCAAGAUGAAGCCAGGAGAGAGCUUAGCCCAGGAUCACCUCCUAGUAAGAGGAAGAGAGGGGCUGUUGCAGGAGACAUGGAUAUUUCAAAUAACAAUGUUGCUGAGUUUUUUAAUAGAGACCAACUGCGACGUGGAGAGACAUUGACUUUCACAGAGUCAGGAAACAUGGAAUUUAAGCACUUUUCAACUGAAAAAUUUUUGACUCGUGUCAAGGAGAUAUUACCUGAGUAUAUCGCUGGAUUUGCAAACACAGGCGGCGGGUAUUUGUGGAUCGGUGUGGAUGAUGACAGCAGAGUGCAGGGGGUCAGCAGUGAUGAUGAGGACCUUGAAAAAUUAAGACUUCUAAUCAAUUCAAUUAAAAAAAAAUUACCCCUCUUCCAUUUCUGCGGGAGUUGGCAUAGACACAACAUAAAGUAUGAACACAAAAUCUUGAAAGUAUGCGAUGAGGCUGGAGAUCACUGUGGCUACGUCUGUGCUGUGAAGAUUCAGCCAUUUACUUGUGUCGCAUUUGCCGAACACCCGGACUCGUGGCUAGUGGAAGGCACCACCAUCAGGAGACUGAAAGCAGAGAAGUGGGCUGAGUGGAUGACGGCUGCCGAUCCAGACCUUUCAAAGUUUUCUGAGACCUUUAAGCUAGAGCUCAGUCUGACAGAAGGGCCACCUCUGGCCAAGCCAGUUUAUUCACACCAGUGCCUUGACAACCUUGAUGAUCUUUGUGAGAAACUCUUUCCAGUGAAAUCCCACAGCAUAAUAUAUACCCCGGAAAAACUCUGUGAAGAUCUCCUCCAAGAGCAUCCAGGGUUGGAUAGUUUAAUGGAAAAUCAAUCACAGCAGCUUUCUGAGGGACUUCUCAUAUUCUCCAGAAGCUGGGCUGUUGACAUUGGCUUGCAAGAAAACCAAGGUGUAAUUUGUGAUGUUCUGCUAAUAGCCGAGGACAGGCCACCUAUCCUCUAUACAAUCUGUAAGCGUGAUAUCUCAGAGAAUUUGUUUAAAUACUCAAGAAAUAUAGCCAGAAGGCUGAAGGAGAAAUUAGUCAACACAGGGGGGUAUAUUCACAAAUUGUGCGUAAUACCAAAGCUACUGACUUUGCCUCCAAAAAUUAACUGUGGAAGAGAAUGGGAUCUGAAUAUUCAGGAACUGUAUCCCCAGAACUACAGCCUCAUCAGCAGCAGCAACUUGAAGGACCUCUUGCACGCUCUCACAGUAGCUCUGCUGACUUUCAAGUCCUUUUUAAGCGACCAUGUUGGUUCUGAGUUUUUGAACCUCUUGACCAUCAAACAAUACCAGCUGCUGUCAGAAAAUCUUCACAAAACUAAGAAGCUGUAUGUUUAUGGUCUACCAGGAACAGGAAAAACUAUCGUGGCCCUGAAGUUCAUGGAGAAAAUAAGAGCUAUGUUGCAGUGCACAAAAGAACAAGUUCUUUAUGUAUGCGAGAACCAGCCUCUGAGAGAUUUUGUGCAGCAGAAGAACAUUUGCCAAGCUGUGACAAGAGUAGCCUUUCUGAGGGGAGACUUUAAUUAUGUGAAGCACAUAAUAAUUGAUGAAGCACAGAAUUUCCAAGAUGGGGAAGGUGAUUGGUAUAAAAAAGCCUGGACUCUAACUUCAUCACCGCAUCUCCCUGAGCCCGGCUUUUUCUGUAUUUUCUUGGACUACUUACAGACAAGUCACUGCUACCCAACUGGUCUUCCAGAAGCAGAAUGGCAUGAUCCUGUCGAGUCACUAACCCAAGUGGUUCGUAACGCUACCAGUAUCUAUAGCUAUUUAAAAGAAAAGAUGGAAGAGAUUGUAGAGUACCCUACCCUCAAUAUUCCCAGCCAGCGUUUGAAAACGUUAUUGUGCAGAGCCACGUGUGCUCAUGCUGUGCGAGGCUGUAUUGACAUAGUGACCCACCUAGGCAGAAACGGAAUAGCAAAGUACGUGGCAGAACAUUGUCAUACAUACCUUAAAAAAGGUUACUCCGAGAAAGAUAUUGCUAUUCUGUGCUACAGAGAUGAAGAAGUAAAAGCAUACCAGGAAAUACUAGCAUCAGAAAUGAGGAAGUUAGAGUCAAAUAUAUUGUUAGGAAGACUGGAGGGAGGGCUAGGGAAGUUCACUGUUCUUGACAGCAUCCGUCGUUUCUCUGGCUUAGAAAGAACCAUCGUGUUUGGUAUUAUUCCUCAAUCCUUUUGGUUUCAGGAUGAAAUUUUAAGAAAUAUAUUGGUCUGUAUAGCAUCCAGAGCUAAUUUAAAUCUACACUUGCUACAUGAUGAGUAG